UGCGGACAUGCCUUUCAAACUUCGACCUACAGGCUACAGUUAUGCAACCACCAAUCCACCAUAAACCGCCAACAAUCUCUGCAGCUCUGCUUAUACUUCCGAAGAGUGAAAGUCAUAUCUUCGUUCUUAUUUGCGGCUUCGCCAAAUAAGAGACAGGGCAAGUCAAUUCCCUUCUCAAGCUAAUUCUUGUAAGCACACCAAAUGUAUCACAAGGGAGAGGUUGAUCUGUACCAUUUCAACCAUUCCCUUAAGCUUCUGGUCUGCUGCAAAACCACCUGUUGCUCCUCAUGCACCGUUUUCGAGAAGAGUUGACAAGUAUACGAAGCCUAAAAAAAUCACCACAAAGGUUUCUUGAUAUUAUGAGAGCUUCAAAGUACAAUGUCACUAAUAAACUGGGAAACCAUCUUCGCCUUAUUGAGGGAUGCCUUCAACCGGAUAGAGGUAAGCCCGAUCUACUCCCCUCCGGUAAAAAAAAUCCAAUCGAAUUGAUACAUAGACUUCACAAAGAAGGCUUGAAAACUGACCCAGGGUUUUUAUCAAAUGCUCUGAGUGUGUGCUGUUCUGAAAGAGCUGUUAAUAUAGGUAUUCAAAUCCACUGUUUGGUUAUGAAAAACGGGUGUUUAACAAAUGUAUAUGUAGGGAGCUCCUUGGUAUCAUUAUACUCUAAAUGUGGCUCAUUGGAGGUUGCGCACAACCUGUUUGAAGAAAUGCCUAUAAAGAAUGUGGUGUCAUGGACUACAGUAAUCCAUGGAUUUUCACAAGUGUUUCAGGUGGAUGUCUGUUUGAAAUUGUACAUGGAAAUGCUGAACCAUGCAUUGAUGCCUAAUGACUACACCUUCACCAGCUUGCUCAGUGCCUGCACGGGUAGUGGAUGCUUUGGUCAAGCUAAGAGUGUUCAUUGCCAAACAAUCUGCACAGGUUUGGAGUCUCAUGUUCAUGUCUCAAACGCUCUUAUCUCUAUGUACUGUAAAGGUGGAGAUGUCGAAGACGCUCACUAUAUAUUUCAGAAAAUGAACGACAAAGAUUUGGUUUCAUGGAACUCUAUGAUUUCAGGGUAUGCACAACAUGGGCUUGCACCACAAGCCAUUGACCUUUUUGAACAAAUGAAGGAUAAACGGGUAAAACCUGAUUCCAUUACUUUUCUUGGGAUUUUAUCUGCUUGCCGCCAUGCGGGAUUAGUCGAGCAAGGGUGGUUUUAUUUCAAUUCAAUGGCUUUAUAUGACGAGAAGCCGAGGAUAGACCACUUUUCAUGCAUUGUGGAUCUUCUUGGACGAGCUGGAAGGAUAGAGGAGGCCCAUGAUAUGAUAAAGAAGAUGUGUGUGAGCCCGAAUGGCGUAAUAUGGGGUUCAUUACUAAUGUCCAGUAGGCUUCAUGGGAAUGCUGAGGUGGGGAUUGAAGCUGCAGAAAACAGGCUCAUGCUGGAACCGGGGUCUAGGGCUACACACUUGCAGUUGGCUAAUCUAUAUGCAAGCAUUGGGCUGUGGCAUGAAGCUGCAAGAGUAAGAAAAGAGAUGAAAAGUAAGUGGCUUAAGAUUGAGUCUGGGUGUAGUUGGAUUGAGAUAAGGAACGAGAUUCAUUGUUUUAGAGUAGAAGAUGGAUCAUUUGCUGAAUGGAUUGAGGUUGUCCCAGUUAUGUACAUUUUGGCAGAUCACAUGAGAGAUCAUGGUAAAGAAACCAUCUCUGAGCUUUAUUGCAACUAGUCUAGAUAUAAUGGUGCGUUAAACUGAGUGGGUUUGUUAUAGACUUGCAGAAAAGUGGUUGUUGUGUCUUGGAAGUAUAGCCAACUCUCCUGGAAACUUUUUGAUAUGAUAAUCUGAAAGAAAAGGGUACCUGAAGAACCCUAAAGCCAGUAAGGAAGCUUUUGCUGGCGAGUGGUAUCACUCGGGCGAUCUUGCUGUGAAGCAUCCAGAUGAUUAUGUAGAGAUUAAGGACAGGUCGAAGGAUAUAAUCAUACCUGGCGGCGAGAGUAUUAGUAGUGUUGAGGUGGAAAAUAUUCUGUAUCAACUCCCGGCUAUACUCGAAGUGUAGGCCACUGGCAAGGCCUGAUGAGCAGUGGGGUGAACCACCUUGUGCGUUUGUGACCCAUAAGCCGGAGAUUAAAAACACCACUGAUCAAGAACGGCUGGCUAGUGAUAUUUGGUUUCCUAAAUCGGUGAUAUUUGGGCUGUUGCCGAAAACAGCGACUGGAAAAAUACAGAAGCAUUUGUUAAAGGCGAAGGUGAAGGAGAUGGGACCUGUUAAAAGGAGCAAGUUAUGAUCUUUAAGAUUUUGAUCAUAAGUUAAGAUGUGCCUUGCUUGGUUCAUGUCAUUAUAUUAGUUCAGUAAUGUAAUCUAGGGUCUUCAAUUUCUUGUUGCACACAAACAAUCUUUUGGUUAUUGAAGCAUGCUAGGUUGUCUUGUAUGCAGUUUACAAUGGACAUUCUGGCAUUUAACAAUUUGCAUAUGAAUAGAUAGAUAUAUAUCCAUGAAACCAUCAGUGUGGAAAUCUAC